AUGGGAGGCGAGACUUCUUCCCGGGCCACGAGCUCUUACCCGAAGCUCGUCCAACGACCAGUCGGGAAGCAGAUCGAGUCAAUAUACACGGACCGUCUCCGACAGUUCACCUCUGGUGGACAAUAUGAACACCAGAACCUCAUAGGAAAACUGUAUCACAACCGCUGUGACGACGACGAGCAUGUCAAGUUGUCGGUUUACUCGCCGCCAAAUCUCACAAGACCGACUUUCGAAGAUGCUACUUCCCAUACCUUCCGACCUACGCGGCGAGGCGAAUCGUUUGGGCCGGCCUGGUCAACUCAUUGGUUUCGGGUGCAAUUGACGGUGCCCAAGCAUAUGUGUGAUGGCGAACACCUCGAGUUCCACUGGGACGCAGGCAAUGAAGGGAUGGUGUGGACGCAUGACGGCAAGCCUCUGCAAGGUCUGACAGGAGGUGACCGGACAGAAUGGAUACUACCGAACAGCUGGCGAGAUGCCAAAGAACAUACAUUGUACAUCGAGAUGGCCUGCAACGGCAUGUUUGGCAAUGCGCCGGGCGGAGACAGCAUUCAGCCGCCCGAUCCCAACAAGCAUUACACUCUGUGGAAGGCGCAGAUCGUGGAUGUCAACCUUGCAGCCCGCCAGCUGUACAUUGAUUUCUGGAUCAUCGGUGAUGCUGCGAGGGAGUUCCCUGGGGACAGCUGGGAGAAGCACGAAGCCCUCCAGGUGUGCAACCAGAUCAUGGAUGCAUUUAUUGCUGCCAACGGAUCGCAAGCCUCAAUCGAACAAGGCCGCAAGAUCGCACAGAAGUAUAUUGGCAAGGGUGUUGAUUCAGCCAAGAUCUACGAGUCGGGCGAAAAGCCGCUGGUGUUUGGCAUUGGGCACUGCCAUAUCGAUACAUGCUGGCUGUGGCCGUGGGCCGAGACCAAGCGCAAAGUCGCGCGAAGCUGGUCAAACCAAUGUGACCUGAUGGAUCGGUACCCCGAGCACCGCUUCGCCGUCAGCCAGGCACAACAGUACAAGUGGCUCAAAGCUUACUAUCCAUAUGUCUUCGAUCGCGUCAAGUCAAAGGUCAAGGAAGGCAGAUUCCAUCCCAUCGGUGGCAGCUGGGUUGAGCACGACACCAACAUGCCCAGCGGCGAGUCCCUGGUCCGACAGUUCCUGUAUGGCCAACGGUUCUUUGAGAGCAAUUUUGGCGAACGAUGUCAGACCUUCUGGCUCCCGGACACCUUUGGCUACUCUGGUCAAUUGCCUCAGAUAUGCCGGCUGGCUGGCAUGACGCGGUUCUUCACCCAAAAGCUCAGCUGGAACAACAUCAACAACUUCCCCCACACGACUUUCAACUGGGUGAGCUUGGACGGAAGCCAGGUCAUUUGCCAUAUGGCCCCUAGCGAGACGUACACCGCAGAUGCCCAUUUCGGAGACGUCAGACGGAGUGUCACUCAACAUAAGAGUCUGGACCAGGACAAUACGUCGCUUCUGGUUUUCGGCAAAGGCGAUGGUGGAGGCGGUCCAACGUGGGAAAUGCUGGAGAAGUUACGCCGAUGUCGUGGUAUCAGUGAUACGGUUGGACUUCUUCCCCGGGUGCACAUGGGCAAUUCCGUCGAUGACUUUUAUGCGAACCUGGAAAAGAAACUGGCCGAGGGCACCGAACUUGUUACGUGGUAUGGCGAGCUCUACUUUGAGCUCCACAGAGGCACGUACACCACACAGGCCAACAACAAGCUCAACAACCGAAAGCAAGAGGUCAUGCUCCAUGACGUCGAGUACUUGGCAACCCUAGCCAGUUUGAAGAGCAAGAGCUACAAGUAUCCCAAGAAGGAAAUCGAUGAGAUGUGGGAAAACGUCCUUCUCUGCCAGUUCCACGACUGCCUGCCGGGCAGCUCGAUCGAGAUGUGCUACGACGACUCUGACGAACUAUACGCCCACAACGCGAAACUGGGAGAGAAAGUGAAGGAGGAAGCCCUCACCGUUCUUGGACUAUCACGACAUCUCAAGGCCAAUGCCGAGUUGGCGGCAGUGAACACCGCACCUUGGCAGCGCUCUGAAUUGGUCAAGAUUCCACACGCUAAUGCCAAGUCUCAACAGCAGCAAUACACAUACGUGUCCGGCGGACCCGGCGUAUGCAAGACGCAUGUAGCUUCAGCUAUUCGGUCGACCGCCUCGGUCGAAGAAAUCAAGAAGGGCGUGUUUGUUAUGAAGAACAGCAUUUUCAAAGUCGAGAUCGAGGCCGGCGUCAUCACAUCAUUGAUUGAUCUAAGGGCAAAUCGGGAGGUUCUCGCGAAGGGCGGCAAGGCCAACCAGCUCGUGAUCUUUGACGACAAGCCACUGUACUGGCAAGCGUGGGACGUGGAGGUGUUCCACCUGGAUUCGAGGAAGGAGUUGAAGUCAGAAGCGUCCGAGAUUGUGGAGGAUGGACCAUACAGGGUCAGCGUGGCGACCAAGACGCAAGUCAGCAAGGACAGCUGGGUCAACACCACCAUCAGCUUGGACGCCACCGACAGCGAAGGCCAAGCGGGCUACCUCCUCGUAGAAGCCGAGGUUGAGUGGCGCGAGACCAUGAAGUUUUUGAAGGUCGAGUUCCCUGUAGACGUGACCAAUACCGAGGCCAGCUAUGAGACGCAAUACGGCAUCAUUCGCCGUCCCACGCAUUACAACACAAGUUGGGAUAUGGCCAAGUUCGAGGUGUGCUGCCACAAGUUCGCAGACCUGUCGGAAGCCGACUACGGAGUUUCGAUCCUGAACGACUCGAAAUAUGGCUUUGCAACAUGUGGCAAUCUCAUGCGAUUGUCACUUUUGCGAGCGCCCAAGGCUCCCGAUGCACACGCUGAUAUGGGCCGUCACCACAUCAAAUGGGCAAUCAUGCCCCACCAAGGAGCACUGAGCAGCGACACGGUCCGUGCGGCCUACAACUUCAACCACCCACUGACAUUGGUAUCUCUGGUUGAUGACAAGCCGGCCAGAGAGCUGUUCAACGCCGUGUCGGUCACGGGGGCCAAAUCCCUGGUGCUCGACUGCAUCAAGCGCGGUGAAGACGACGAGGACGUCUCCCGCGGCGAACUCACCCGGCGCAAGGGACAAAGCGUCAUCGUGAGGAUCUACGAGAGUCUAGGUGGGAAGAGUCGCGGAGUGAUUGAGACGACAUUGCCCGUGAAGAACGUAUAUGAGACGAAUGUGUUGGAAGAUGAUAGCAAAGAGUUAGAAAUUUCGGGCAAGCACAAGACCAGCAUUGCGAUUGAGCUGAGGGCGUUUGAGGUCAAGACGUUCCGGCUGCAGUUGUAA